UGACUGUUGCGGAAUAACGCGCUGGCGCGGAUACUAUCGGAAAGGUCCUUCCGUUGGCAACAGACGAGUGAAAAAGGACGUGCACGGUCCAGGAUGGGUCGCUCCUCCAAAGACAAGCGGGAUAUUUACUACCGUCUGGCUAAAGAAGAGGGCUGGAGAGCGAGGAGCGCCUUUAAGCUGCUGCAGCUUGACCACGAGUUCAACCUGUUUUCAGAUGUGAACAGAGCAGUGGAUCUGUGUGCAGCACCAGGCAGCUGGAGUCAGGUUCUCAGUCGAAAACUCAGAGGCAGGGAAGAGAAGGGUGAGAAGGCUAAUGGGGGUGAGGAGGUGAAGAUUGUUGCAGUGGACCUUCAGGCCAUGGCUCCUCUGCCAGGAGUCACUCAGAUUCAGGGAGACAUCACUAAGGUGUCCACGGCUCAGGAGAUAAUUUGUCACUUUGAGGGGCAGCCGGCUGACCUGGUGGUGUGUGAUGGAGCUCCAGACGUAACUGGACUGCACGAUGUGGACGAGUACAUCCAGGCUCAGCUCUUAUUGGCUGCUCUAAACAUCACCACUCAUGUCCUGAAACCUGGAGGAACAUUUGUAGCCAAGAUUUUCAGAGGUAAAGAUGUAACUCUGCUGUACUCUCAGCUGAAGAUCUUCUUCAGUAGUGUGACCUGCUCCAAGCCUCGCAGCAGCAGGAACUCCAGCAUUGAGGCCUUUGUGGUUUGUGAGAAUUAUUCUCCUCCUGAGGGCUAUGUCCCCAACAUGUCCAACCCUCUGCUGGACCACUCCUAUGAUGUGGACUUUAACCAGCUAGAAGGACCAAACCGUGUUAUUGUUCCCUUCUUAGCAUGUGGUGACCUCAGUGCCUUUGAUUCGGACAGAACCUAUCCCCUACAGCUUGAUUCUGGUAAAGAGUACCAGUACAUUCCCCCCACGCAGCCACCUAUACGGCCUCCUUAUGAGCAGGCCUGCCACCUUCGCAAACACAACUUGCUUUCCAGAGAGGAUGCUCCAUCCAUCGGUCCCACCCAGAGCCGAGUGGAACCAGAACCAUCAGCCAAGUCGUCAUGACUCUUGACUUCUACUUAGUGGAAAUAAAAACCCCGCACAUCUAACAAAUUAUACGCUACUUAAUCUUACUGGUUUUCCAAGUAGAAGGAUGUGUUUUUAAUGAUUUGACAUUUAAAAAAAUAAAGACUAUGUUACUGAUGAUUAUCA